AUGAGCGCGGAGCGUGGUGGGCAGCAGCAGCAGCAGCAGCAGGCCGGCGGCCGCAGGGGCCGCAGCUCUGGGAACAAGAAGUCCAGAAAGCGUAGCAAGCGCAAAGAAACCUACUCGAUGUAUAUCUACAAGGUGCUGAAGCAGGUGCACCCUGACAUCGGCAUCUCCGCCAGGGCCAUGAGCAUCAUGAACUCAUUUGUGAACGAUGUCUUUGAGCGACUGGCUGGUGAGGCCGCCCAGCUGGCCCAGUACUCGGGCCGCAGCACGCUGACCUCCCGGGAAGUCCAGACGGCCGUGCGUCUGCUGCUGCCUGGGGAGCUGGCUAAGCACGCUGUGUCUGAGGGCACCAAGGCCGUCACCAAGUACACCAGCUCCAAGUGA